UCAUCAUGACGAAAUCCAACUUUUUGGUCUAAACUCAUUCGUUUUAAAAUCUAAAAUGUGUGGAAAUGAAGGAUGUCACGAUCGUGAAAUCUUUGUAAAAUGGCUUAUCAAACAUUAGAGGCUUCAGCGUCCAAUGAACUGUGAUGUCACAUCAAUUGCAAGCACUAUUAUUAUUACGAGUGACCAGAGACUCAUGAAAAUGCAUCUGCAAAAGUUGCAUAGAUGGAUGCAGUUUUGCAUGGUGGUCAAUCUUGCUGCGUCCUUAUGCGAAGGAUUUAAAAAUUCUCGUCAUAUGCAGUACAAGCCUGACAAGACUCAUGAGAUAAACUUGCCUUUUAAAGACAAUGAAGAUAAAYUACCUUCUAUAAAUAAUAAGAUUAAGGGGCAGCGGAAACAUGGCGUAGAGCACGAUGCAAGAAUGACAGCCGAUUCAGUGUAUAGUGCACGGAAUAAAGCAACCAAAGAAUUGUACACUAACACGCCAUUGGCUAAAAAGCAAGAGAUUUUUGAGGAAUAUGACGAGCCUGUGGAAAAUCAUGAUCRCGAUUCGUUCCRUGAUGGUACAACUGCAGCGCUUCAUAGUAAUGCAAAAAACAACUACAAGAARACAAACAUAAUUAACAUUGACAAUUUUAAUCAAGUAGCGGACAUUGACACGGCUGUUGGCGACGCAAUUGAUUCCAUUUUUGGUGCAGACAAUGGUUUGAAAAACACCGUKGGCGACGAGAAAGAUUCCAUCAAAAUUCCCGCUACAGCUACGCCCACGAGCACAAUAAGCACAAUGCCUGCAACGAGGAGCAGAGAGGACGUCCAAAARGCACUUGAUCAAAGCAUUGUGCGAAACAAGAACAUCGAUGAAGAAAUUGAAAAAAUUGAAAAGGAACUUGAAAGUGUUGAUGGUGAGAAAGAGCAGAAAGAACUACAUCACGARCUGCAAAACCAAACUGAUCUUGACAUUGAAGAUAAACCAAAAUCACCCCAACAAGACAUUGCUGAAACAAAGCAAACUAAUAAACAGCAACAACAAAUUGAGCUUCCGUCAUUUGCUAAUGAAGAUCAAUCAAAAUUACUYCAAGAAAACAUUGYUAACACGAAGGACAUUACUAAAAAACCACACCAACAACAACAAAUUGACCUUCCAUCAUUUUCCGCUGAAGACACGGAACCAAAAUUUCUUCAACAAAAUAUUGCCGACGAAAUUGCUUCUCACAAACAACAACAUGAACAACAUCAAAUUGACCUUCCAUCGCUACUUCUUAACAGUGAAGAUGAUACGAAAUUAUUUCAAAAUAUCGAUGCGAAARAAGAUGAAAAGCAAACAAAUGUUCAGCAUUUUAAUGGUCAGGAGCAAUCAAGUGGAGCUGAUCGAGCUCCAUCAAACCUGCCGAGUGAUGAGGGCACCAGUAAACAAGGGAAGCAAAGUCAACAGCAGCAACUGGUAUCAUUAACUUUAACACCAGGACAAGAUACAAUGGAAACCAGUAAAGAUCAUGGCGAACAAACGUGGACUGUUACAUUGGAUACCGAUGGUAGUACUGAUCAAAUCGAUAGCCCCGUUAACGAUUCUGCCACAUCAGAAAAUAAGGAUGGAAGUGCUGCCUUGCCGGUGCAAACUAAAACCUUUGAAGAUACAAUCGGUAACGAUAGUUCUGCUGAAGAUUUAAAGGAUGAAUUUUUUGCACAUAGACCUGUCAAUGUGUCGUCUUUGUACAAUACCUCUGCGAGUGAAAAUACAGUUCAUCCAGAUGGUAAAUCGAAAGGARCAGCUGAGGGUAACACUUCAUUUCCCGACCACRACAAAAUUGUUGCCGAAAACAGCACUAGUACUGACGAACCAAAGCACAAUAAAUCUUUAGCAUCAAAUUUUAUAAAGGAACAUCCAGCUGCAUUUAAAAUCUUGAUGGAAUACUUUCAAAACGAGACACGGUUGCAAGAAAAGGUACAAAGCAAGCUGAGACAAGCUAUUAAAGGAAMUGGACAGGCUACGAAGAAAUCGCUGGGAGUGCACUUCAAGAUGGAACCACCUCAGUUUAAACAGUUCCUUGACAAGGUAAUUAAACUUGCUGAGCUGAAAACCGAGGCUGAGAAGAAAAGUAAAUUGACUUCGAAGUCAAAGAAAAAUAAAAAACAAAAGUCUAAACAAGUAACUGCAUCGCGCAAGGCCGACGUUAAUAAAGCUGGUAAUGCGACAGAAACAUCUAAAAGAAUCAACGUCACUUCGCUUUCUCAAGGUCAAUUAAACAAAGCAUACACCGCACAACCGCCAAUGAGCCCAUAUGACGUUGGAAAUGCUCUCAAAGCAAUGGAGAAUACUAUAAAUACCCUUCUUGCUCAAAAUAUUGAUCAAACUGCUGCAAUUCCACCUGCAGCUCAACAAUUUUUGGGACCUUCCCAGGCCCCAACACAAAGCGCGACUAAAAUACCAAUGCUGGAUUCKAAAACAUUUUUGUACAAACAACGUCUUAAAUCUCUGCAGAUCUCUUUAUCUCAAGAUUAUUUCAGUUUCUGGAUGUACCACUUUAGGUCUUUCGAAGAGAUGAGUAUCAAUCCUAAACAACUUCGUUCUGGRAUAGCUUCUCUUGGUUCCACCACUCGACUGGGGCGUGUUGUCAAAAAGGCAUUAAGGGGUGAGACUGUCACUCUACUGAUAGUUGGCGGGUCUAUAUCUGCUGGAGGAGGACUGGAGAGAGACAGGCAUGAUGUGCAUGGCAUAUACUUUAAAGCCUUUGAACAAUGGUGGAASAAAGUAGUCACGCCUAUCACAGCCUCGGCACUUCAAAUGGAUGUGGUCGCCAUAGGUGGAACCGACUCCGAGUAUUUUUCAUACUGCAUCAAAAACUAUAUYAAACAUGAGCCAGACUUAGUUAUUUGGGAGCUCGCUGCAAAUGACUACCGUCGCUAUACUGGGCGAAAUAUGGACCCUGCAAAGCCCUUGGAACAACUUACAAGACUUCUUUUAACACUUCCAUCUCAUCCUGCUAUCAUUUUUGUGAACUUCUUUCGAGGUGAUUAUUACAAGACCACUUUAGGUCAAAAUUGUCCAGAUUCGGAGGACGAAGGUGGAAGGCUUAUAGCUGAGUAUUAUCAAAUAACGUCCCUUAGUUGGCGCAAUGUGAUUUGUUCCCAAAUGAAACAAGAGAACACCGCCACUAUGUUGGCUUUUAAGCGUGAAUUCGCUCCUCUAACGCUCAAAACGCUGUUCAGCUCGGACGGAUAUCAUCCAAGUCUUCUGGGACAUGCGCAGUGUGCAUCGCUGCUUAUUUCUUAUGUUCGUAGUGUCUUUGAAGAAGUAGUCUCGCGGGAAAUCGCCAAUAUAAACACAGGAAUCCCAUAUAAUGAWGCACCRAUCGCUAAUGGACACAUUGUCCUGCCACGCCCGAUUUACGAGGAUCCGCCGAACCCUUCACCAUUCUGCUGGACACUGCUUACUUCAGACUACCGAAUCCAUUUAAAUAAUCAUUUACCUGGUAUGAGAAUAGUACAGGCCAAUGGCUUCGUGCUCACAAACAUUACGCACUGGCCUGUUAGAACAGACCGUUUGCGUUGCCUGAAGGCUGAGCACUCAGGAGCCUUUUUAACCAUAAGUUUUUACUCGCCACCACAGCAGUAUGAUAGGACUAAGCCUUUUAGGGAGAUAGCUCUUAUUACACACAAUAGUUUCUCAGGUAGUGCUACUGUAUGGCUGGAUAACAACUUCCGGAAGCCAAUGUUUAUACUGGAGCCUACGGGUCAGCGGAGAACUCAGCUCAAUAUAGUUUCACGGUAUCUUCCYCCUGGCGGUCACACUAUCAACAUCAGAGCUGAACAGCCUGGAUUUUGCGUAUCGGCUUUAGCGAUUCUUUGAGAAAUAUUUUKAAUGUGGAAUUGCAUGGAUGAUAUGAAUGACAACUCAAAGUACSUMAUCAUUUGUCAUUCGCAUACAGUCGCCAUGUCAAUCGAUGUAGUGCUUUAAAAACAGAACACUUGUAUCAACCAGAUUUCUCAUCACUGAAGCUCAACAAAAGCACGGUAGUAAUUAUAGACAUUAAUAAUGAAAACACUGAAGCAAUAUUGGGAAAAYAUUCGGUUCGUGACACUAGAGUAUUGCUAUUUUUUGCACAUGUGUACAAAAUUUGAAGUCACAAUUUGAAGUUUUAAAAACUGUGGAUUGAUUUUUUUUUUUUUUUGAAAUAAUUGACGCCAUAGAAAAAUCCCAAUGUUUGAAGUUAACGGCAGCGUGAUGCCACAGGGUCGUGAUAUUGUACAAUAUAUUUCUCACUCCUGAUUGACCUUCUUAGCUAUUAUCAUUUUAUUUGCUAUUUGAUAGCAAUGUUGGGUUUCGGUGAUUCUCUAUGCUAAGGGAGUUUACUUUUUUAAAGUAGUCCCGCGCGUCAACGCAAAAUUCAGAAUAUUCAGUAUAUGUUACUGGCAGUCACGAUAGAAUGGUAACUUGAUCAGUCGCGCCCCUUUUCGUUUACCAGUUGAUGGGUUUGUAUGAAACAUCUGGCURACAAAAGGAAAAUUUAUGGGUUUAACAAUGUUUUCUGGCGGAAACUAUCACAAAACCAAGCAAACAAAUUGGAAAGAUAUCUAAUAGCCAGAGGGGAAAUACAGAUUUUAACGUUCGGUAUAUUCAUCAUGGUUUGUUUCCAAGACAAAAAGCGUUUCGUUUGAUUCCUUAGGGCAAAAUUGUUCAAUAUUUUGAUCUUCUGGUUAAAGCAAGUGAUAGAGUCCCAUUUAUUCUGGAUCAGAAUAAUCUUGAUUCAAAACCCAAGUGACCUCAAUCUCAAAAUCCUGGAUCUAGUUUUUUUUAUGAUCUCGUGAUGACCAAACCUGCUCCUUACACAGAACAUUCCCAUUAUUUCCCCGUUGUAUUAUAAAGUUGUUUAUGUUUCAUUGAGCAGACACUUAUAAUGUCUGAAGCACUUAUCUCUAUAUUUUGUGUUAUGUUUCAUGUGAUUUAUAUGCAAAAGACAGUCGWUAUCUCAACAUAACCGAAGACUUUCACCACCGACUUAUUUUCAUUUCGCCUUUUUCAGUUAUAGCGUGCAAUCGUCCAUCAAGCCGUUAAGGGGUAGUUUUCAAAGCUUAUCUCAUAUUUUGUGUUGCUAAGUAAUUAGGGCAGAGCUGGUGCGUUUUAUUUCUCAUGUUUAAUAUAAUAAAAAUCUUUC